AUGUCUGUCUACAUUUGUAUAGAAACUGACACCCAGAAAGAAUUUCUAUCGAGCAUCAACAAUAUUUUAAAGCAGCAGAAAAGAGAAGAGAAGAGAAUGAAAUCAAAUGGAAGUGGACAUUCAAGGGAGCAGAGCAGAGGCCUUGGGGCAAAUGAGCUGCUGAUAGUCGAGACCCAAGGGGGGUCUGUCGCAAGGGUGUGGUUAAGCACUUUCGACACGACCAAGCAAGCCGCCAGGGCUUAUGACAGAGAUGCAAUCGAGUUCCGUGGAGAUAAGGCCAGGCCCACCGUGGGUCCGGUAACCCAAUUUGGAAAUCCAGAAAUGACGGCGCUUUCACGGAAACCUGGCCAAAAACAACAACUUACAGUUUAUAGGUAUGCUACAAUCAAAGAGAGUUUUUGA